GGGAACACGAAGCUGAAGAUCGAGCACAGCACAGCGGUUAAUAAACGUGGCAAUGAUGGGAGGACACGCAUGGACCCUGCUCUACCUUCUGGCUCUUGUAGUUUUAUGCCAUGGAGGGAAGAAAGUCAACAAUAGGCAACAUGUUAUUGAUGUUGAUGAUAUUAAAGAAUUUAAGAAGCUACUACGCACAAGAAAAAAUGUAAUGGUUUUGUAUACUAAAACAGCGAAAGCUGCUAAUGGCAUCAUUAAUGUGUAUAGUGAUGUAGCGUUAGAGAUGAAAGGUCUUGGAACCAUGGCCUUUGUGGACUGUGGAGAAGCCAAGAAACUUUGCAAAAAAUUCAAGGUAUCCCCAAGCUCCUAUGUCCUAAAACAUUAUAAAGAUGGAGAAUAUAAUAGAGAUUAUGACAGAAAAGAAGUCUUUAAGUCUUUAGUAAACUUUAUGAGAGACCCAACAGGAGACGCACCAUGGGACGAAGACGAAAAUGCUGCUGACGUUAUGCAUCUGGAUAGUACUAAGCAAUUAAAUAAACUUUUAGCAAAGGAAAAGAAACCAACUUUGAUUAUGUUUUAUACACCAUGGUGUGGCCAUUGUAAAAAGAUGAAGCCAGAAUUUGCUGGUGCUGCUACCGAAUUAUUAGGAGAAGCGAUUUUAGCUGGAAUGGAUGUCGACAGACCAGAGAAUUAUGAGACGAGAACCUCAUUUAACAUCACUGGCUUUCCAACUAUUAUUUAUUUUGAAAAUGGAAAGCGGAAAUUGGAUUAUGGCGGAGAACGAAACAAAGAAGGAAUAAUAACAUGGAUGGCAGAUCCACAGCCUCCCAAGGAACCUGAGAAGGAGCAAGAAUGGAGCGAAGAAGAGACGGAUGUUGUGCAUCUAUUGGACGACACCUUUGAUGAUUACCUGGCAACCCAUAGUUCAGUUAUGGUCAUGUUUUAUGCUCCCUGGUGCGGCCAUUGUAAGAAGAUGAAGCCUGAAUAUGCAGACGCUGCAGCAGAACUAAAAGAGCUAGAGACAUGCCAGGCUUCUUUUACAGUGGUAUUCAGAGAUGGGGAGUUUGCUUGGGACUAUAAUGAGAGGACUUCAGAUAAAUUUAUUGAACAUAUGAAAGAUCCUCAGGAGCCUCCACCACCCCCCCCCCCCGCCCAGCCUCCACCACCCCCACCCCCUGCCCCAGCGUGGUCUGAAGAGGAGAGUGCUGUCGACCACCUUGGUGACAAUAAUUUCAAAUCAUUUAUGAAGAAGAAAAAACAUGCACUCGUCAUGUUCUAUGCUCCAUGGUGUGGUCAUUGUAAGAAGGCCAAGCCAGAGUUCCAGGCAUCAGCAGCCACUUUUGAAAGCAACUCCAAAGUUUCAUUUGUUGCGGUUGACUGUACAGAGGCAAAGGAUACAUGCAGUCAAUAUGAUGUUGCUGGCUAUCCAACCCUCAAGUUCUUCAACUAUGGAAAGUUGACUCAAGAUUAUAAGAGCGGAAGAACAGAAGUGGAUUUUACAGCUUUUAUGCAUAUGCAAAUAGACCCAAAUAGCGUGCCUACAUCGGAGCCACCCCCGCAAAAAGCAUUUUGGACAAGUCUCGAAGGGGGUGAAAAUGUGGUCAUGAUGGGGGCAGGGAACAUGAAUGAAGUCUUGUCAUCAAACACGAAUGUGCUUGUUAUGUUCUAUGCUCCUUGGUGCGGCCAUUGUAAGAAGAUGAAGCCAGCAUUUGUUGAGGCUGCAAGUAAAUUAAAGGAACUUGAGAUUGAUGGAGUAUUUGCUGCAGUGGAUGCAGUAGUAGAAAAGAUUUUAGCUGAUAACAAUGAUGUCACUGGUUACCCAUCGCUGCUAUUUUUCAAAAAUGGUGAAAAACAAUUUAAGUACACAGGAGGUAGAACUACAGAAGAUUUAUUGGAAUUUAUGAAGGACCCAAAGCCAGCUGCACCACCCCCCGUUGAUCCUAAAUGGUACGAAAUACCCAGCUCCGUCAACCACCUCUCCACUGCCAACUUUGAUACGUUUAUCGCUGCUACUAAGAAUGUACUGGUAAUGUUCUACACCCCUUGGUGUGGCCACUGCAAAGCAGCUAAGCCAGCCUUCCAGGAAGCAGCUGAGUCAUUCAAGGAUGAAGCAGGGACAAAACUUGCAGCUGUUGACUGUACUGAGAAUACUGAUACUUGUCAGAAGUAUGGGGUGCGUGGUUACCCAACUUUCAAGGUAUUUACCAACGGUGCGUUCUCAAAGGAUUACGACGCUGGCAGGUCGGCAGAUGAUUUCACAAAUUAUAUGAAAAAUUUAUCACCACAAGACAAAACCAAAGAAGAACUCUGAUGCUUGAAAUAUCUGCAGAACUUUUUUUUUUUUUCCUCAAUACUGUACACAUUUUUUGUUUCUAUUCUGUUAUUUUCUAAACACUCCCAUAGGAUGGGGUGUUGUUUAGCAGGCCAAACAAAAAGAUUUUUGACAUAUUAUUGACAUUUGGACAUCAGAGUUGGUCAGUUUGACUCAGUACAGUUGAGAUCUCAUGCCUGGCAUGAAAAUGUCCAGUGUCCACACUUACAUGGAUUGACCUAAUUCAAAUAGAAAUCCUAGAGCAUAAACCAUGGACCUAUUAUUAAUAGAUCCAUGCAUAAACAUUGUAAUUCCAUUAUGUGAUUGGUCACAUUUUUGCAAUUCUAGGUCAACCUAGGGUCAACCUUGACCCUUGCUUGUGUUGAACUGUGUGGGUUGAGAGCAAUUUCAAGCCAGGCAUGAGUCAACCGAAGUUGGUUUAGACUACAAAUUUCUCAACUGUACUGAGUCAGUCUUGAGGCUUGAGGCAUGUAGUGUUACUGUAACCUUACAUUUUCUUUUACUGUAGGUGUAGGCCUUAUUUUAAGGUACAUUGCCAACCAUCACUUACCCAUACAGUUUGGUUUUUGAAAAUGUAACCACAGGGCUAAAAUUCAAUGUUAAGCUCUCUAAUUCAUUAAUCAAAGCUUGAAAAUUGGUAUUUUCACACCAUUAAGUUCUGUAAUUUGGUUUUUCCUUGGUUAAAAAAAAGUGGGUUUUUUUUUUGGUUUUUUUGUUUUUUUCGUAAAAUAGGGUAACACUAGAUUUUGGGUUUGUCGGGCUUAUACAACAACAUUUUUUUGGGCCUUAUUAGAUUUGUUUAUUUUUUUUUUCAAAUACAUUUUGUUCUUUAUUUGGAUAAAUUUAUCUACAAGAAUCACUUGAAAAUUUUUCUUUGCUUUUUUUUUUUUUUUUUUUUUUAUUAUUAUUUAUUAUCUUUAGUAUCUCGGUGAUGGGUUUUAUGGUAGUAAUGAAUUUCCCUGGCUAAGUACUUAAUUUCUAUGAAUACUUUUCUUGGUGAAUUGAUUUCACUUAUAUAAAGAGGCUUAUAAUUUUUCAAUAAUACAAGCUUUUGGAAGUUUUAUUGCUUUUGAAUAAGUUUUAAAACUUACUAUAAAACAAGGUAUUGAUCCAUGAAAAAAAUUGUCCAAGUGCAAUGCUGCCAUGUGGUGGUAGUUCAUCAGCUAUAUUUUACAUAACUUAUGGUUAAGCCACAUUUUUGGUAAAUAAUAAUUGUCAUAAUUGUGAUUGACAUUACAUAGGGUAAUACAAAUUGUAAUUAAAGAGAAAUUUUUAUAUUUAUUGUUUGUUUUAAAACAAAGGAGGAUGAAUAUAAUGAAAAGAGAAAAAAAACAAAUUUAUUACACAUUUAAAACUUGGUACAGACUAUCAAAUUUUACUUGACAAUAACAUGCGACAUGACUAAAUGUAGUCAUGAUGACAUCACAUUAUAACAAUAUCUAUAGCCAUAUCAUAGCUAUAUAUGGGCAUACAACGAUAACAAUAAAGAAGCUAAAAAGCAAUUGUUCAUAUAGAAAAUAAAAGAAAUACGAAAAGUUUUUACACUAGAACUAUUCGAUAACUAUUUUACAGUUGUGCGAUAACAACAUAUUUUGAUCAAAUCAAAUCAGAUGACAUCAUAAU